UCUUGUCGGAGCAGAGACUCUCCUUCUCUUCAAUUCAUUGUUCAGGGAAAAAAAAAAGGAGGAAGAAAGAAGUCGAGCAAAGGUUUCUCCACUGAGCUGCGCCGGCCGUGCUCUAGUUUCAGCAUUGACUGUCUGGAGCUCUGAAGAUGAUGCAUUAAACCCAUCAAAAUCUUCUCUUUUGUACUUCACUGUCCAACUGGGGAAGCAUCCUUCUAGGGUUUCGCUGGCCGAAGCACAGUCUUGUCUUUCUGGGUCUCCGGGAGUUUCUCUUUGGCCGGUGAAUCGGGUGAUAUCACACUUUGUGCUUUAUCCGAAUUUGCCGUUCUGCUGGUGAUUUUUUGCUUCCACGAUCACGAAACAGGACUGAAGGAAAUGCACUGUGCUUUUGCGGAGGUUGUAUUCAGUUUGAGAUGUAUUAGGUGGGAGUAGGUCGGUAAUUGGAAAUGGGCUCGCUGUUUAGAUAUCAAACUGUUUUCCAGAAGAGAAAUCGGAGAUGGCUAUUAGCUGUUGUUGCGGUUGCAUCGACCCACUUAAUGCUCCAGUCCCUGCUGCUUCCUUAUGGCAAUGCUCUUCGUUCGCUAUUACCUGAUCGCAAAGCUUCAGUUGAAGAAGAUGGGAGCUUCUUUCCUGGGAUUUCUUCUUCUUCGAAAUCCUCGGUGGCUCGCAAUCCUCUUACAGUAGUAAAUGCUUCGGAACCAACUAAGGCUUUCGUCUUAGUUGGGACUGCAAAAGGCUCUGGUGAUCUUAAUGCGGGAGAUGGCCAUCAUAGUACCAUCGAACUUAAUGCUGAUGAUAAGUCCAAUAAUGUGUCUUCUUUGUCCGGGUUUACAGACAGUGUCGAAUCGCUGGCUAUGGGAGGCCAAGGUGGUAAUCUUGUCCCUGAAAUGGGUGGAGAUAUCGCUUUGCUGCAGACUCUGGUUAGAAAUGAGAGUCUGCUAUCAGAUGGUUCCGCUGCAAUCGAUUCUCCAGUUGUAACUUCUCCGUCUAACAUCAGUUUUGUUGAAGACCCAAAGUUAAAUGAGAUGGGUUCUGUUGGUUCCUCAAAUGCUUCAGAGAGUGCUAUAACUGCUUCCAAGAAUGAAUUAUUGGUAAUAAGUUCUCCUGGAAAGAAGAAGAUGCGGUGUGAUAUGCCACCCAAAUCAGUUACUACAAUUGAGCAGAUGGAACGCAUAUAUGUACGAAACCGAGCUUCUUCGCGAUCUAUGAGACCAAGAUGGUCCUCAGUGAGGGACAAGGAACUCUUGGCUGCGAGGAAGGAAAUUGAGAAUGCUCCAAUUGCUGUUGGAGAUCAAGAACUCUAUGCCUCGCUAUAUCGAAACAUUUCCAUGUUUAAAAGGAGCUAUGAACUUAUGGAACGCAUACUCAGAGUCUACGUAUAUAAGGAAGGGCAGAAACCCGUGUUCCAUCAAGCGAUACUCAAGGGAUUAUAUGCCUCUGAGGGGUGGUUUAUGAAGCUAAUGGAGGGGAACAAGCAGUUUGUCGUAAAAGACCCUCGAAGGGCUCACCUAUUUUACAUGCCAUUCAGCUCCCGAAUGUUGGAGUAUAAAGUGUAUGUCCGGAACUCUCACAAUCGAACAAACUUGCGUGAAUACUUGAAGCAGUACACUGAUAUGAUAUCAAGAAAAUAUCCGUUUUUCAACCGAACAGGUGGAUCCGAUCACUUUCUGGUUGCAUGCCAUGACUGGGCUCCUUACGAGACGAGGCACCACAUGGAGCGAUGCAUCAAGGCCCUCUGCAACGCUGACGUGACCCAAGGAUUCAAAAUCGGGCGUGACGUCUCUCUCCCUGAGACAUACGUCCGAUCUGCAAGAAAUCCACUCAGAGAUCUUGGAGGCAAACCUCCUUCUAAGAGGCACAUCCUCGCUUUCUACGCGGGUAAUUUGCACGGUUAUUUCCGUCCGAUCCUGCUCAAGCAUUGGAAGGACAAGGACCCCGACAUGAAGAUCUUCGGCCCGAUGCCCCCUGGAGUUGCAAGCAAAAUGAACUACAUCCAACAUAUGAAGAGCAGCAAGUAUUGCAUCUGCCCCAAGGGGUAUGAGGUAAACAGCCCAAGGGUGGUCGAGGCCAUAUUUUAUGAAUGUGUCCCUGUGGUAAUUUCCGAUAAUUUUGUCCCACCGUUCUUUGAGGUUCUUGAUUGGAGCGCAUUCUCUGUAAUUCUGGCGGAGAAGGAGAUCCCUAACUUGAAGACAAUUCUGGCAUCCAUUCCUGAAGAAAAGUACAGGGAGAUGCAGCUCCGGGUUAGGAAGGUCCAACAGCAUUUCCUCUGGCAUGCGAAGCCCGUGAAGUACGACCUCUUCUAUAUGACCCUUCAUUCGAUUUGGUAUAACCGAGUGUUUCAGGUAAAGCCAAGAUGAUGUAAAAGGUGCUUGUGAUUGUCUCUAAUCAGUUGUAUGUAAAUGUUUUGUGAUCUGUACAUAUUUCUUUGUACGAUCUUCUUGCGAAAGAAAUCCGGAAUAAGAAAGAUUUUGUACUGAAAUUCUUCCUGUCAAUUUACGGAAUCAUUGUUGAGUGAA